AUGAUAGCCAAUCAGUUUCUAACUUUCAGCUUGUUCACUUAAGCUUUGACAAUAAAUCCUGGAAGCUGAUUGGUUUCUAUACAGAGCUGCACCAGAUUCUGUAUUCUUAGUAAAAAACCAUCGUUAUCAUCACUUUAAUGAUCUGGCUCUAUUCCCGAGUGUAGCUCGGGGUAAAGUUUCAGUACCACAAGCAGUAACCCCGAGCUACACUCGGGCUUACCAUGCGGCGUUGCUCCGCGAACCCUCGAUCACUUACCUUGUCCUGCGCUCCCACAAUGUCCCUGCAGUAUCCCCGGCAAUGUAAUCCGACGGAUGCCGGCAUCUGUCAUCUGGGUUCCAUCCCCUGCGAGCGUCGGGACGUACGGGGACGAAACGGUGGGAAAUUUGAAAAUGACAAAAAGUGACAUUCACUAAAAUUACUAA